GAGAGAGCACACACACACACACACACACACACACACAGCCAUGCUCGUAAGCCAGUGACAAACGCGGCAACAAAUAAAUUGAACGAGUUGACUGAAUUUAUUAUCGAAUUCGUGUACAAAAAGGAAAAACAAAAUAAUAGACACAACAUAAUAAUUAUAAAGAAAAAAAAAACGUAAAGAAAAGAAACAAAACAAUAAAGUUACCCCGCUGAAAGGAAGGAGGCGAAGAAAGACAAAGUAAAAGAAGCGAAAUCGUAGAAAUACAAAAGCAAAGAAUAACACAAAUGCAAAGUAAACAAGUCGUGUCCAAUCACCCGAAAAACAAUAAACUAUUUUUUUGUGAGAAAGCAAAUUGACUUUACCAUUCAUAUUUCUAUCUUCUCAUAUUUUCACAUAGAUGGAAUUAUUAUUAUUAUUAUUAUUACUAUUAUUAUUAUUAUUAUUACUAUUAUUAUUAUUAUUAUUAUUAUUAUUAUUAUCAUUAUUAUUAUUAUUAUUAUCAUUAGCAUCAUCAUUUUCUUUUACAUCUCAACUGCCAUGAUGUAUUGCCUUCCGCCACUGUACAACGAAUACAUAACGCUUCUCUCUCUCUCUCUCUCUCUCUCUCUCUCUCUCUCUCUCUCUCUCUCUCUCUCUCUCUCUCUCUCUCUCUCUCUCUCUCUCUGUAUCAAGUUAAUAGAAGAGUUUGGUCGAUAUACUCACUAUGACACCAUGACAUCGUAUUCGCAUCUUCAACGUGCAAUGACCCCGUUGCUGUGGCGGAUUAAUUAAAAUACUGUAAUCAAUCAUGUCCUUCAUCCUUCAUCCUGCAGACAGAAGCUUCCAGAUCGUCCUUCUCUUUCCACUUAGCAGGUUGAUCACCUUCAGCGCAAUACCUGUCUGCCUCAUUACUUAACAUUAUGAGAUUGGGAAACCGUGUGUGUGUGUGAGAGAGAGAGAGAGAGAGAUUUCUCCUCCUCCCUUCUCUUUAGACACCUCGCCCGCCUUACCCUCAGUCAUCGUCCACCGCCUCGUUCCAGCCCGCGGGGAGAAAGUGACUGCCGGGGACAGCUUGGCUCGCGGUGAGUGACGCAUUCUCUUCCUUGCCGAGGGAGCGUCUCGGCAAUGUGCCCCCACCGCCCAUCGAUAGCAGGUUGUAGCGGUUUGUGGUCUGUAGCGGUUAGGCUUUCCUCAAUGUAUGGCGUCCUUACCCGCAGGUCAUCCCUCUCCCAUCUCUCAAAGCCAUAAAACGCGCACCUUAGAAGCCGCUGCUAUGAGUGUCCGCCUCACCUCUCUCCUGACAGGUCCUACAAGCUCCUCUUCACGCCGUCCCCUCACGCGUCUCUCUCAUCGUUUCCCUGGGAGUGACUGACCCGCGUGUCCCUUAACACAUCAAAAUGAAACUGUCCAUUGUCAUUCCCCUUGCCGCUGCGGCUCUCCUGCCUCUGGCUCACGCCAUCUUUCUCACGGAAUCAGGCGCCACCGUUGCCGCCACUUACAACAGUGUUGGAUUAGCUCUGGGCACAGCGGGCGGCAGCCCCGCUGCUGCUUUGGGAGCUGCUGCAUUGGUUGUGGGUGCCUUAGUGCUGGGCGGCCUGGUGCUGGCGGGAGCUGGAAGCCGCAUCAAGCGAGACAUGCCCAGCUACUGUCUGCCGACCUCUAGUCCAGAACUUCUCCUGGAAUUGGCCGCUAGCGCUGACCAGCUGGGCUGCGGCCUGCGGCUGGUGUGCGAGCUGGAGGCCACGCCCGACGACGCCCUCUCCACGGACGAGCUGCUCAUUCUCAACCUCUUUGGGAGGCAGGUGAAGCCCGUCACCUUCUCCCAGAUGAAGAACGCCAAGUCGAGCUUCCAGUACGCGGCGCUGGUGGGCUCCCGGGCGAAGAGUGUGACCGAGUGUGGCCAGGUGUUCGACCAGUGCCCCUUCGACCGCCGCACCAUCAUGGGGGCCUUCAACGCCACAACCUAGAACACUGCGCCUGACAUUCAUCUCUUCCAAGGAGAUACGUCAUGCACAAACAGAUGCCUCACAGCAAUGUUAAAUAGUCUACCUCAGCGUUACCUCAUGUCGCUUUUCGUGAUUUAGUGCGCUUCUGUGUGUGUGUGUGUGUGUGUGUGUGUCUGUCAGUCUGUGCGUGUUCAUCAGUCAUUGUUGAAGUAAUGUAGUGACAUCAUAAUAAAACAAAGCCAAGGUAUAAUGAAGCAAAGCUUGUCCUGCAGCAACACUCCCUGGCUCAGAGACAACUCCUGCGUCUGUGUCCGCUACAGAGACUUAGAAUGGAAUCAUGUCACGUCGAACGCUUUAUUUUCUCUCCACUACAAAAGCUUCUUUAAUCAUUGCAUAGACUUGUUAUAAAACACUCACACAAAGAAUCGCUCAGAGGAAGAGAGGAAUGGAAGCAAUGAGACGCCAUAACCUUUCAGCGGUGACUUCCCAGACUGUGUAAUUGAUUCUUGAAGUAUUGAUGAACAAACACAUUACAGUAAAUCGUUUGUUCCUCAUUCUUUUAUAAAUUAGUGUUGAAGUCCAAGAUGAAUUCAAUCACAGUUUUCCUAUAAUCAUCCAUAAUUUUUUGGAUUUUUUUCUUUUGUAAUACAUUAUCCUAAAUAGUUUCCUAGCUAAGAAAAGACAAAACCAACCUUUCUCUCUCUCUCUCUCUCUCUCUCUCUCUCUCUCUCUCUCUCUCUCUCUCUCUCUCUCUCUCUCUCUCUCUCUCUUCUGUGU